AUGUCCAUCGUUCUGAACUCGGUGCGAUACCUAAACGACCUAAAGGAAAACGGAGACCCCAGGACACGGGACUAUGGCAUUGUGCUGAGCCCGGCUUUCGUGUUUCCUUUGAUUUUUGUCUAUUUGUAUUUCGUUAAGAUCGCUGGUCCAAGAUGGAUGAAGACCAGGGACGCCUUCAAGAUUCCGACCAUCAUACGCAUGUACAACCUGGGCAUGGUCGUUCUCAACGCCAGGUUUCUCUACCUCCUGCUCAAAUUCACGUACGCACCGGGUGGCCGCUACAGCCUGUUCUGCCAGGGAAUCACUGGCAAGAUGGACAGCCAGAUGGCCGUACUUUACAAGGCCGGAUGGUGGUACGUCAUCGUGCGCUACGCCGACUUCCUGGACACCGUCUUUUUCGUCCUCCGCAAAAAGUUCAACCAGGUUUCCAACUUGCACGUCAUUCAUCACAUCCUUGUGGUCUUCAACGCCUGGUUCUGGGUCCUCGUCGCCCCAGAAGGACAGCCCGCCCUGGGACUUUGCAUCAACACUUUUGUACACGUGAUUAUGUACUCCUAUUACUUUUUGUCCACCUUCGGACCCGAGGUCCGUCAGUACCUCUGGUGGAAGCGCUACCUAACCACACUGCAGAUCUGGCAGUUCAUUGUCUUCAUCAUUCACAUGUGUAUUCCACUUUUCUAUGACUGUGGCUUCCCUAAAAAGCUCGUACCAUUCGCUGUCGCGCAAGCUCUUCUUGUACUGGGGAUGUUCCUUAACUUCUACUACCACAGCUACAUUAAGCCUCGGCAAAACUCAGCCAGUGAAAACGUAUCGUACACAAAGAACGAGAACGGGAAAAUGCAACCUCGUAAAUACGAAUGAGAAAGAGCGGUGGUUGUAAGCAUUGCAUGCUAGGUUAUUUA